GGUGAGGUCAAACCAGUCUUUUCCGACUUCAUCAAGCGUGGAAAUGGGUUCCCCGGUGCUGUUUCUGGUCUGGUUUCCUCUGGUAAGCUGCAUUUCAAUCGAUUAUGCCACAAAACGUCACACCAUCUUGGCCGCGGAAAAACAGCUUUCCACCGGAGGUCAUGCUUUCCUCACGGUCAAGGAACUCAAGGCCGACGAAGUCCUCAUGACCCUCAAGAACAAAACCAUAACCGAAGGGGUUACCAACCCCAGCUCUUUCGCCCCAGCUAUGCACUUUUUCCAAGCCAAACCCCUCAUUGAUCAGAGCAGCAUUUUCAAAAUUGUUCGCGCCAUGCCAAAAGGUUCGGUCCUGCAUCUACACAACACGGCAGCGGUUACCGCCGAGUGGAUCAUCAAGAACCUCACCUACAGACCGGAGGCCAAGAUGUGCGAGUCCGAGGGAAACAUCUACUUCACCACUCGGAAAACUCCGUUCUGUCCGGAAGAAUCCCUGCAGUCCAUACAGACGCUUCGUACGAAAAACGGCUCGACGGAGGCCUUCGACACCUGGCUGGAGUCUCACAUCAACCUGAAAAAGGGCGACCCCGCGCUGAUGCACGCCGAUAUCAACACCGUGUGGGUGGAGUUCGAGAAGAUGUUCUCGGUGAUACGGGACUUUGUCAACUACCGGCCGUUCUUCGAAGCGUUCCACAUGCAGCUGCUGAAGGAGUUCUACGAAGAUAAUGUGCAGUAUAUGGAGUUGAGGAUGCCGCUGUCCAAGCUGUACGACACGGAUGGGAAAGCUUACGACGAAGCUCAGGUGGCUGGUAUUGUGACCAAUUUGAUCGAAACCUUCAAAGCCAGUCAUCCGGGCUUUGUGGGAGCCAAGAUCAUAUUCUCCAAGCAUCGGGGGGUCGACAGCGGAACGGCGCAGGAUCUGCUGAAGUCUUACGUGAAGUUGAACAAGGAGUUUCCAAAGCUGGUAGUUGGAUUCGAUCUCGUCGGUCAGGAGGACAUCAACCAACCUUUGACUAGCUUCCUGGACGAACUUCAGGAAUUCCGGAAAACUACGCCUUACUUCUUCCACGCUGGAGAGACGAAUGGUUACGGUAGCGAGGCAGAUCUCAAUCUGAUUGAUGCCAUCUUGCUGGACAGUCGACGUAUUGGACACGGCUUCUCGCUCUACAAACAUCCCGUUCUACGGAAGCUGGUCAAGUCGGAAGGGAUUGCUCUGGAGGUGUGUCCUUUGUCCAACCAGGUCCUACGGUUGGUGAACGAUCUGCGAAACCAUCCGGCUGUGUACUACGUAUCGGAGAGUAUACCCAUUGUGAUCUCGGCUGAUGAUCCGGGUUUUUGGGACAGCAAGGGUGUCAGCUAUGACUUCUACUAUGCGUUGAUGGCGAUUGCACCCAGCUCGACCGGGAUUGGAUUUCUCAAACAGAUUGUAUGGGAUUCAGUAAGGUACAGCUCCUUAACACCGGAGGAACGGACGGAGUAUUCAGAAAUACUCCAACCAAAGUGGGACCGAUUUCUAGAUGACCUCAUCGCUGGGAAGUUAUUCUAAAACGGCUUCUGGAAUACCAAUUAUCAUACCACACUACCAAUAUCACAAUUACAAUCACUGGGGUUGCCGUUUUUGCUGAAUGAAGUUCCUGCAGCAUAUCACAAUUUGGUCAUAGCACCGUCUGAACCCGUGUAUUCCACGUUC